CUUCUACGUCUGUGUACAGGACGGAAGAGAAAAUAUAUCAGCUUAUUGUUAAAUUAUUAUAACGUUUUUUCCAAUACAGAAGUGUCGUAACUAUUGUUUCCAAACUGCGUUACCCACUCCAGUCAGCAGAUGGCGAUGAGCGUCUUUCAGGUGAUGCUUCUUGAUGACGUAUAAUGGACUGGACGGGACGCUUCUUCAGGAACAACAACACGGCUUCUCUUUCAACCACCUCGAAGAGGUCUGCUGGACGGAGAAAGAAGCUCUGGGACUGAACAUUGUCGUGGAAGAUGAUGUUAUUGAGGAAACAGAGGAAGAACCUUUUAGAGAGGAACAGGAUGCUGUCUCAAUAAAGGUGAAGGAGGAAGACGUCUUGGGAGUGAAAGAGGGGGAGACAGAAUAUCAGAUUAACACCAGCCCUGUUCACACAGGAGAGAGACAUGACUAUUAUGGAUCCUCUGGGGAGCCUCAACAACAUCCUGAUGCUGACGAGGCAGAGAAGAGUCUCUCCAGAUCAGAACACCAGAUGGACAACGCUAGGCCUUCAUCCCUCCCAGAGUCCCCGUGGCAUGCCUCUCCCGGUAGCACCUUACUGCUGGGUAUGAAGAGGUUGUCUGUGCUGCUGGUGGACUGCAGGAAAACAACGGGGCUGAGUGGAACUGUGAGAGGAGGAGAAGAGAUGAAAGGAUCAGAUUUGACUCAUCAAAGUGGAGGAAGGAAGGAAGCAGCAGCACUAGAGCUUCAGGUGCUCCUGCUGAACUGGAGAUGGUGGUCAGUUCAGAGUCAGACUCAGAGCAGGAACCUUCAGGAGAAAAACCAAACUCUGCGGAACCAGGGACGUCCAAACCGGCAAGACAACACCUCUGCUCCCAGAUUGGAAAGAGUUUUACCAAGUUAGGAAGCCUGAAAAGACAUGAGAGGACACACACAGCAGAGAAGCUAUACCAUUGUGCCCAGUGUGGAAAGAGUUUUAACCACUUAGGAAACAUGAAAUCUCACGAGCGAAUACACACUGGGGAGAAGCCAUACCUUUGCGCCCAGUGCGGAAAGAGUUUUAGCCGCUUAGGACAACUGAAAUGUCAUGAGCGAAUACACACAGGGGAGAAGCCAUACCAUUGCGCCUGGUGUGGAAAGAGUUUUAAGGUCUCGGGAAUGCUGACAACUCAUGAGCGAAUACACACAGGGGAGAAGCCUUUCAAAUGCUCAGACUGUGGGAAGACAUAUUACUCAUCACAGUCACUUAAAAGUCAUGUGAGAAUCCACACAGGAGAGAAUCAUUACUUCUAGUGUGAAUAUUGAUAUUUCACUUCACAUUGACUUCAUCAGAGAACAUACACAGUGGCCCCGUUGUCUUAUAUUGUUGACUGAUAAUGUGUUUACCUGUCUUUACCAGAUGAAAUGUAAUUGUACAACGUAUAUUCAAACAUAUAUUUGUAUGUUUUCAUUAGAAACCAUGAAGUGAAUAUGGAGUCUGUCAGUUUGAAAAUAGAGUAGAUCAGAUUCCAUGUGUUUAAAUGGUCCUUUUUUUAAACUCUAUGUGUUAUUCUCUCUGAGCUCAGAAAUAAAGAAUAUUGGUUUGA